UAUCGACCUGGUACAUGAGUAAAUAAAUUUAUGGGGCGUAUCACCUGAAAGACGAGUCUUUCCUUCGGUUAAAUGAGAAGAAAGGGAGAGAUGAAAUUUAAGAUACAAGAGUUGGAUAUUAAUAUCAUAGUUAUAAUCAUUAUCAGUGACUGUUUUAAACAAUGUGAGACGUUAUCGUUGCUGCCAUACGGCUUAUCCGCUGGCGAUCAAACACUAGAAAAGGUUGAUGAUCGUUUUGCAGAAAUUUCUGUUGAUCCUUUUGAAUUCUAUGGAAAUAAAUAUAGUAAAUUAUAUAUAAAUGAUGAUGGGGUUAUUAGCUUUAUUACACCAUUGAACAUAUUUGAUGUACAGGGAACAUGGACAUCCAACACAAAACCAUUCAUUUGUAUUUAUUGUACUGAUAUCUAUGUACAAAAUGGUGGAAAUGUGUUUUAUCAUCUUCGAACUGAUUCCACGACUAUAUCCAACAUCUCUAGUGACUUAAGACAAUAUCAGGAAAUCAACCCUGAUUAUAAUCCUGGCUGGGUUUUUGUUGCUACCUGGGAGAGUGUUAAAUCCUACGCAAACAACACAAGCGAAGGAACUGGUAAUACGUUCCAAGUCAUAGUGGCAAGUGACGGCAAUACGUCUGUAGUUAUAUUCCAGUAUCAGACAUUGAACUGGGUGAUUGAUGAAAGACCGGAUCAAAAUUACCCUGACGAACCAGUCGAUAUUCGUACUCAGGUCGGCUUUAAUUCAGGAAAUGGAGCAGAUUCGUUCCUUUACCCCGAUUCAGGGAGUGAAGAAUUGUUGACAAUUGUAUCAAAAAGUAAUGUUGAGGAUCCCGGGAAGUUUAUUUACCAAGUAGAUACCACAAUAACAGAAUUUACGCAAAGAGCAGACACUACAACACAGGCGACUACACCAGAAACUACUACAGGCCAGGCGACUACACUAGAAACUACAACAGCACAAGCAACUACACUAGAAACUACAACAGCACAAGCAACUACACUAGAGACUACAACAGCACAAACGAAUACACCAGAACCUACAGCACAGGCGACUACACUAGAAACUACAACAGCACUGACGACUACACUAGCAACUACAACAGUCCGGGCUACUACAACAAACCUAACGCAAACAACUGAAGUAUCUGUGAACACGACCACUACAACAUCAUCAUCGGCGGCUAAACUACUGACAGUACAUUUUGUUUUAAUUGGAGUAGCGGGUGUAUUGUUAAUCAUUCUAGCUGUAAUAUUUGUGAUAGUCUAUCUGAAAAUGAAAAUAAUAAAACCUUCUAAGAAUGUUAUGCAGCAUAAUCAUGUGAUAACAUCGGUGGCACCAGCACGCACUUCACAGGUACAGCAAAGUAAUGGUGAUAUAAAUCAUACUCGUUUUAAAAUUCCCAGGCCAAAGAUUAGCAACAGGGUUCAUGCCAUAUGAUCCAGACAAGUCUAUUGUUCAGAUGAAAUUCAGAUGAUGGAAUAAAUAUCUGGAACACAGGAUCCAGAUUCUAUAUUCAUAUCCUAUAAUUUAUUAUGUGAACCAACCGGGUUAUUAUAAGUGCAAUAUUUUCUGUGUGUUAUGUUUUUUUUAAAAAAAAUUUAGUUAUGCAAUUAUAUUUUAGCAUUCUCGAAAGCUGCUUAAGCUAUACAUUAUUUAAGUCAAGCGUUCCGGAAUACUGCCGAGACUUUGAGACUUUUUAUUCUACUGUUUAAUUUUAUUUUUUUUUAGAUUAAAAUAAUGCACGUAAUAGAUUAUAAGUGUGAAAUCAAGUACAAAAUCCUUUAUACCCAUUAGAUUAUAGAAAACAUGAAGUGAGAUGUAACAUAAAUGGAAUGAAAUAUUAUUUAAUGAUUAUUAUUCAGUGAUUGAAUUCGUGACUUUUUAUUCAAAUGUUUAAUUUUGUUGGGUUAAAAUAGAUCCUAAGAGAGAUAUCAAGAAUAAAAUCCAAUAAACCCAUGUGUAUAAUUACACAGAAAACAUGAAGUGAGGUCUGACUUAUAUGGAAUGAAACAUUAAAAAAAAUAAACAUUUUUGAAA